AUGGAACCCACUCAAGCCUGUGCCAUCCAGACGUGCUUGUCCAAGAACAACUACAACGAGUCAAAAUGCGCAUCAUACGUCGAAGCACUGUACAGAUGCUGUGAUACAAUGUAUAAGAAAGCAGAGAAGGAGGGCAAAUCGGCCGAUGAAGCAAAGAGUACAGCUUGUCCCAUGAGAGAGGUCGUCAGUCGGCGGAUGAAGAGUAUAACGAAGUAA